UGCGCAAGCGCAGCCUGCGAGCGUGGGGCGUCUCGAGGUGGCCGGCUGCCGGCGCUGAAGAGCGCGGGGGUUUGUGGCCUGCGUUCGGCCCGCUCCAGUCGCGCACUCUCCGAGGCAGGAAGCGCAGCGAUCCGUCUCCCCGAGCCCUGAGCAGUGUGGCCAUGGAGAAUCAGGUGCUGACGCCGCACGUCUACUGGGCUCAGCGACACCGCGAACUGUAUCUGCGCGUGGAGCUGAGUGACGUGCAGAAUCCUGCCAUCAGCAUCACUGAAAAUGUGCUGCAUUUCAAAGCUCAGGGACACGGUGCCAAAGGAGACAACGUUUAUGAAUUUCACUUGGAGUUCUUAGACCUUGUGAAACCAGAGCCGGUUUACAAACUGACCCAGAGGCAGGUAAACAUUACAGUACAGAAGAAGGUGAGUCAGUGGUGGGAGAGACUCACUAAGCAGGAGAAACGCCCACUGUUUUUGGCUCCUGACUUCGAUCGCUGGCUGGACGAGUCUGAUGCAGAAAUGGAGCUCAGAGCCAAGGAAGAAGAACGCCUAAAUAAACUAAGAAUUGAAAGCCAAGGCUCUCCUGAAACUCUUACAAGCUUGAAGAAAGGAUACCUAUUCAUGUACAAUCUCGUGCAGUUCUUGGGAUUCUCCUGGAUCUUUGUCAACAUGACCGUGCGGUUCUUUAUUUUGGGAAAAGAGUCCUUCUAUGACACAUUCCACACCUUGGCCGACAUGAUGUAUUUCUGCCAGAUGCUGUCAGCUGUGGAAAUGAUCAAUGCAGCAAUUGGUGUCACUAAGUCACCCGUGAUGCCUUCUCUUAUCCAGCUAUGUGGAAGAAAUUUCAUUUUGUUUAUCAUCUUUGGCACCAUGGAAGAAAUGCAAAACAAAGCUGUGGUUUUCUUUGUGUUUUAUUCAUGGAGCGCAAUUGAAAUUUUCAGGUACCCCUUCUACAUGCUUUCCUGCAUUGACAUGGAUUGGAAGGUGCUCACGUGGCUUCGUUACACUGUGUGGAUUCCCUUGUAUCCUCUGGGAUGUUUGGCAGAAGCUGUCUCAGUGAUCCAGUCCAUUCCAGUAUUCAACGAAACAGGAAGAUUCAGCUUCACAUUGCCAUAUCCAGUGAAAAUCAAAGUUAGAUUUUCCUUUUUUCUUCAGAUUUAUCUUAUCUUAUUAUUUUUAGGGUUGUACAUAAAUUUCCGUCACCUUUAUAAACAGCGCAGGCGGCGUUACGGACAAAAAAAGAAAAAGGUCCACUAAAAGGAUCUUGAUGACUUCUUGCCAGUUUGAGCCUAAUCUAUAAUUCUUACAGUUUUACCUUCUUGUACUGAUGUAAAAGUUUUUUUUAAAGUUAAAUGAUUAAAUUCUCAGUGAGGCUAUAUUCCCUUCCCCCCAGUAACAUUCCUGAAUUUACCGUAUUAUCUUAGUGUAGUACUUGCAUGACAUGGAUUCCCGGUAUCUGAGGACAGGUUUGUUCUUGUAUAUUCCACUAAUGACAGCAAGAGACAGCCCUACUCCCAAGCACUCCUUGUCCAGUCGCUUUCACAUGGGCCAGAGGUCCUGUUUCAGUGCCCUAACCCUGCCAGAUACUGGUCAUACUUACAGCUGGCCUUUGUUCAUUUCAGCUGUUGCUUGGAGGGUUUAAAAAAAAAAGAAAAAAAAGGAAAAGGCACUGUUCAGGCAGGACCUUAUACAUUCUAUCCCUGAGGGGUGGCACUGAUAAAAUAUUUGAGUCUGAGAGAACACAUUACUCCUGAGCAUCUUUUGGCUUCUACCACCACCUGUCAUGACAGUGCUUACCUGUGUGCACACCGAGGAGGCACAGAAUGAUCUGGGAGAAACCAGGCAGAACCUUGGAACACCAUGAUCACUUAUUUCAUUCCUAGCUAAAUCAGAAUGAUCUUCAACACUAGAGAAGGAUGAAACGUUAGUUUAGAAAACGGUGAGAUUAUAAGCGUUCCAAACCCAAAUGGCUACAGGUGUCAGAAGGGUCAAACCGUUAGUGAGACAGCUGCUGGCAGGGCGGCCUGUGGCAAACAGGAAGCAGAAGAAAUGUGCAGGCAGACCAGUCCUAGCCUGUGCACAUACAUAAAAUGACUCUCUUCCUUCUUCUGUGCUGGCCAAGUCCAUUUCUUUGUAAACCUGUCAGAGUGGCUGGUGUAACUGACCUCAGAAAUGCCUGCCUUUGUUCUCUUGUUUCACUGGUCAGCUCUUGGAGAGCGAAAACAGUGGGAAUUUUGGCUAGAGAAUCUUGAAAAAGCUUCCUGGCUGGAAACCCACCCACAGAGGAAGUGAGAAAAGUGGAGACAUUGUAAAGUUUGGCCAUUGUCAAAAAUAUUGUUUCCUCUAAAACAUUCCAGGUUCACCAAGUAAAAUAUAUGUUAGAAGUAAUGCUUGUACAAAAGAAUUUAAGAACAUGGUAGCUCUUUCUGUUCGGCCAUUCCUAUUGUUCUUGGGUGAGAGGGGACUCCAUAAGUUACACUGUUUCUCUGAGCCGGAUAUGGAAACUUGGUUUGACCUAAAGACAUCAGAUUAGCAUAGGCUGGCUGAUUUUUUUUUUUUUUUUAAUAAGUUCAUUGCACUGAAGGGUAUUUUGCAUGUUUGUAACUUCUGUCAACACUUGUUUGUGUUAACUUCUGUUCUUUCACCUGACUUUAUUUGGACAGAUCAGCUUUGCAGUAUAUGCUGCAUCUCUGUGGCAGAAUCUGUAUUCUUAGUGAUUGUUAUAAACUAUUGCUAUCUGAGAAAGCAAAACAUUGUGUAUUUCUAUUAAACAUUUACAGUCAAAAUCCUAA